AUGCGCCGCAGCACCAUUCUCUGGGCAUUGCAGCAGCUCAAAAAGGCACCCGCCGCGUCGGCCACAAAGCUUGGAGGCGGUCUCCUUUUUGCUGACCGCGCGGUAAAGAUGACGCACGCGAACGCGCUGGGCUGCUCCUUCAUCUGCACGCCCGCCGUCCUCGCCUGCCGCUGCCCGCACGCCUCCACAGCGGUGCGGCUGGCGACGGACGAGACUGGCGUGGCUCCCGUCGCGCAGGUGCAGCUGCGCGGCAUGUGUGCUGUCUCGCUCUUCCGCUCGCAGCGACUCGCCUUCCAUUGCGCGGGGGAGGCGGGGAUCUUGCAGACGCACGAGAUAGGCCUCAGGUGCGGCGAUGUGCUUGCGCUCCUCGGCGGCUGCGAUUUGCUGCGUGACUGGAGGUCUGUCGACCGGAUCCUGCGCAGCGUCGCCCACGAGGACCUCGAGUACAUCACGGAGGAGCUGCUGUUAGAACUGGGGACAAACGCGCGGGUGGAAGGCGACACCAAUAGUAACAAUAGUGACACUGACGAUGAUAGUGGUGGCAACAGCACUUGCGUCAUGACAGUGGUGCGGAAUAAGCCGUCCGGUAUGCUUCCGCAGCCCCCCGCGUCUCUGCAAUGCUCGGCGAUGUAG